AUGGAUGAGAACAUGGAGAACACCGCUGGGCCACCGGUCAACCCGGCGCAGGAAGCAGGGUCAGAUUUAGAUAAAUACCCUUCCAAGUCUGCGCAGAAGAUGGAUGACCAAACUCCAAAAUCACCUGUUGCAGCAUCUACUAAGGAUCUACCCAAGUUGCCUCAAGAAGAAGAAGAGAAUAUGAUCCGCUCUCUGCGCACGAAGUUCAAAGGAGGAGAUGCCGGAGAACUACACAACCUCCUAAGCUCGCUGGAACUAGCAGAAAAGGAGCGGAGAAGUGGCAGCCCAACCCUUGAUGGGCUCGAGGCGGUGCUAUCUCAAAUCGAUAUGAUGUGGAGGAGUAACUCUACUUACAUGGCAGAGGUUGCAGAGAUGUUAGCAGAUGCAAGCCGGGACGGUAAAGUUGCCUCGUUAAGGUAUGAGACUGUUUAUAUAUAUACUGACAAUGUCUAG